GGGGCAGCAUCACAUCCAUCCCGUGCACUUUGCACUAAGAUACUGUCCCAGGCACACACCCUCUACUCCUCCUCUUACCCAAAAAUCCCUCCUCAGCCCUAGACCAGCAGCCUGACUCACAACAAGCAUUAGUAGGAGCUGCUGUUCCCUCCUACUUUUAACAAAGUUUUCAGACAAACUUUCCAGCGCCUGAUGCAAAGCCAGCAACCUGACACAAGGCGUGCAGCAAGGUGAUCUGCCAUCCGGAUUGCUUUUAUCGUCUUUGUUUGAUCUGUGCAUUGCUAAAAGGGGUGCAGGAAUAUUGUAUAUUGAGUUUAGUUCUGCUUGUGGAGUUAUCUUGCUUUGCUGGAUUUCAUACACUGGGAAAUUGCUUCUAUACUGGAGAGAGGUGCAUCAGUCUGCAGUGGCUGCUCCAUGCAGCAACAUGGUGGAUUGAUAAAGUUGUGGCUUCAGUUUCAUUUGGCAAAAUGACUUCAUUUAAAAUGAACUGGCAGAGCAUCAUGCAGUUAAUGAAAAAGGUGGCGCAAGGGAUUGUGGGAGCACACUUGGUAUGGACAACGAUUCUCAGCCUUGGAUACCAGGAGUAGUUUGCUGUGUGAGAUUUAUCAAAGCAAAAAUAAAAAAUUGAGAGUCUAUACAAGCAGUGACGCCUGAAAAGGCCCAAUAGCCAUGCCUUUUGGGCUGAAAUUAGGAGGAAGAAAAAAACGGUAUAAUGUCUUAAACAAAAAUAGUUUUGUGGUUCGAAUCCAGUUAUUGAACAACAACGAGACUGAGCUUACUCUAUCAGUAGAAAGUACUGGAUCAGAUUGUCUGGAAGCUGUUUCUGGAAGACUGGAAAUACACGAGACACGCUACUUUGGACUUUGGUUUCUUGGGAAAGCACAGCAGCCACGAUGGGUGGAUCUAGAAAAAUCUCUGAAGAAGCAAUUGGACAAAUUUGCCUCUGAGUCUUUACUAUACUUUGGUGUGAUGCACUUUGUACCAUGCUUGGCUCCUCAGAUGCAACCUGCUACCAGGUUCCAGUAUUAUCUUCAGUUGAAAAAGUAUGUGCUUGAUGGUCAUUUGCUCUAUACUGCAGAGCAGUAUAUACGUCUAGCUGGGUUAGCUGUACAAAUUGAAUAUAGAGAUUAUGAAAGAUUUGAGAAUCAUGACUUUCGAGAGUAUAUGUUGUUUCCUGUGGGCUGGCCCCAAGAUGAAGCUUUCCUGGGAGAUAUAAUUAAUAAAAUAGCCUUGGAACACAAAGCUCUUAGUGGGAUGCCACCAAAAGAGGCUGAAAUCUUAUACAUAAAAGAGGCAGAACAUCUGGAGGGUUAUGGGCAGGAAUGCUUUCGUGUUAAGGACAAUCAUGGAAAUGAUAUCACCCUUUGUGUUUUCUAUAUGGGUAUCUUUGUUCGGAAUGGACAAUCUGCUGUUUCUUCUUACAGGUGGAAUGACAUUGGGCAUAUAACCCAUAACAAGUCUGCAGUUGUCUUAGAUCUUAUCAGAAAGGAUGAAACUGUUCUGUUUCACAUGGAAGAUAUUGAAAGCAGUAAAUAUAUGUCACGUUUACUUUCCUCGAUGCAUAAGUUUUACAAGGAAGUCAAAAUCUGUACAGAACAAUCAAAUUCUCCUCCAGUUGUUCGCCGUCAGCCCACCUGGAAAAGAUCUUCCAUGUCAAGAACACCAACAAACAAACUUCCAAUAAGGCAUGUUCAGGGAAGUGAGACAUACAUGUCUGAAGACAAUAUAUUCCAUAUAAAUGAAGAUGGGUUUAAUUACCGAUCCCAGACCAGCCUAGAUGCAUAUCCAAUGGAAAUUAAUUUCAUGAAUGGCACAGUUCCCAAUGGAAGUGUUUCGAGUGCUCAUAGUAUGAACUCACUCAACCGCUCACAAAAUUUUGUACCUGUUUCCCCAAUGUCAUCCAACCUAAGUAUUACAGGAAGUGACAUCAUGAGAGUUGACCAUAUUCCCACCUAUAGACAUAGUGCAAUUAUAGUGCCUUCCUAUAGGCCGACACCAGACUAUGACACUGUAAUGAGGCAAAUGAAUAGAGGUGUUCUACCUAAAGAUAGCCAAAGUCAAUCUUUAAGAAAUCUCAACAUUGGAAAUACACAUGCUUACAGACAUCGUGAGACCUUAGUGUACAGUCAACCUGAGAUUCACGAAAGACCCCGAUAUGUUACAACAUACGGACCACAGCCAACCUACAGCAAUAAGCCUGUAAAUCAGUCUGAACAAAUUAUGCCUUGUAGUACUGUUACAAAUCAGACAAAUAAUAAAGCUAUAUCUCACACAGUUAGCACACCAGAACUGGCAAAUGUUCCUCCACCAGGAAAUAAAAGUCUUAAUGCUGUGCAUAUGGUAAGACAUUUUCUUUCUCGACCACCACCUCCAUACCCACCACCUCGGCCUGCUAGCAGUACACCUGAUUUAGCAAGUCACCGCCACAAAUAUGUCAGUAGCAGCAGUCCAGACCUGGUUACAAGAAAAGUUCAGCAGUCUGUGAAGACUUUCCAAGAAGACAGCUCUCCAGUAGUUCACCAGUCUCUGCAGGAGGUUAGUGAACCAUUAAUUAUGGGAAAGCAUCAUCCAAUCAACAAACGCCACAGUUUUGAAGUCAUUACAAGUAUGGUACGUGGCAUGGAAGCUAUGGCUUUAAAGACAUUAAAUGCACCUUUACCACGUAGAAACACAUUACGGGAGCAGGUAUAUACAGAGGAAUCCUUGCAAAAGAAUCAUGAUGUUCAACAACUUCCAAUGUACCAUCAUAAGAAAACUUGCUCAGAUGCUACCAUGUUAAUACACAGCAGUGAAAGCGAAGAGGAGGAGGAAUCCCAUAAAUCUGUUCAGUAUACCUCAUCAAUGCCUGGAAUAGCUUACAGUGCCCAGUUACAGGCUGCUUUGGCCAGAAUACCAAAUAAGCCACCUCCUGAGUAUCCUGGUCCGCGGAAAAGUAUUAGUAAUGGAGCUCUGCGACAUGAUCCAGCAAGUAUUUCUGCUGCAAUAGCACGUGCCAAGGCAAUGACAGCAAGGCCAACACAGACUGCCAGCAUCUCUAGAACAGAGCAAACAGCAAUUAACGGAACUUCUCUUGGACCAUCCAUUUCAGAACCUGACCUCACAAGUGUAAAGGAGAGGGUCAAAAAGGAACCUGUGAAAGAAAGACCUGUGUCUGAAAUGUUUUCAAUUGAAGAUGUAAUUGUUGAAAGAGAAAUAAUGAUGAGAAAUUUAAAAAAGCAAGAGAUGGCAGCCCUGGAGGCUCAGAAGAGACCGUUGAUGUUGGCAGCAUUGAAUGGGCUCUCUGUUUCCAGAAUUCCUGUGCCUGAGGACAGGCAGGAUGACACAACCGUUGUGCAAAUGGAUGAGAGAUGCAGGACCUUGAGGAGGAAACUGGAGGAGGGAAUGGUGUUUACAGAGUAUGAGCAAAUUCCAAAGAGAAAGACAGAUGGUGUUUUCACUACAGCAACGUUGCCAGAAAAUUAUGAGCGUAAUCGUGUUCAUGAAGUGAUUCCUUAUGAAGAAAACCGAGUGACGCUUGUGCCAACCAAAGAAAAUCCUACAGGUUACAUUAACGCUUCCCAUCUUAAGGCAGCAGUGGCUGGGAAAGAGUGGCACUACAUAGCAACACAAGCACCUUUGCCACAAACAUUUCAUGACUUUUGGCAGAUGGUAUGGGAGCAGGGAGUGAAUGUGAUUUCUAUGGUUACUGGUGAUGAGGAAGAAGGAAAAGCAAAAAGUCAUCGUUAUUGGCCAAAACUAGGAUCCAGACACUCUGCUACCUAUGGAAAAUUUAAAGUGACAACAAACUUUCGUACAGAUUCUGGUUGCUAUGCAACAACAGGGUUAAAGGUCAAACAUCUGUUAUCUGAUCAAGAAAGGACAGUGUGGCACUUACAGUUUAUGGAUUGGCCAAGCCAUGGGUGCCCAGAAGAGGUCCAAGGAUUUUUGUCCUAUUUAGAAGAGAUCCAGUCUGUUCGUCGCCAUGCCAACAGUAUGAUGGACACUAGCAACCUUUGUAAUCCUCCAGUUGUAGUACAUUGCAGUGCUGGGGUUGGGAGAACCGGAGUUGUUGUGCUGACAGAACUGAUGAUCCGUUGUUUAGAACAUGACGAGAAAAUUGAAAUUCCAAUAAUGUUGAAAAGACUUCGGGAACAAAGGAUGUUCAUGAUUCAGACUAUCGCACAGUACAAAUUUGUCUACCAAGUUCUUAUUCAGUUUCUGGAAAGAUCCAGACUGAUUUGAUAUGUUUUUGUGUUCUGUGUCUAACCUGUUUUUUGUUUCUAAAAUGGUGUGUGAAGUAUUUGGUUAGGGAGUCUUUAAAUGUAAUUAAUUUAUUUUUGCGAAGUAUUUUAAUAUUUUAAUGAAUUUUAUAAAUUAAGGAGCUAAAAGAAAUGUUUAAUAAAUAUGAACAAAAAAGUUGUAGAUUUAUAUUAUAUAAUUACAAAGACAUUGUCACCACGAUAUUUUAUAUUAAGAGACAAUUGCAGGUGACAUAACUUUACCAAUAUAUGCAAAUUAACUUUAGAGCGUUUCAGAUUUCAAACACAAGUUCAUAGUUCUGCUUGUGAAGUAUCCACACAAGUUAUAUGUAUAUUUGUAUCAUACUCUUGCACUUUUUUUUUAACUUUUUUUUAUGUUGAAUACCUUUGUAUAUUAAUAGGUCCAUUUUGUUACUGCUUUGUUAAUGCUUUUUUUUAUUAUUAAGUUUGUAAUAAAGUUAAACAAAACCA